GGCCGCGGAGCCUUCGCUGCCCGCUGCCAACGCGCAACCCCCCGCCCCCGCCGCGCCCCUCCCGAUCUGCUCGGCGGAUGGCGCCGGAUCCUGAGCUGAGCGACAGAAAAACUUCAUCUUAUUGAAAGUGUGCCUAUCACCUGAAGAAAGGUGCAGAUGGGACACUGAUAAUGCACGUUAAUAAGAAGUGGCUGUACCUUAGUGAUAGAGCACAGGCCUGGCAUGAAGAAACUCUGAGAUUCCGUCUCCAACCAAAGGACCAGAUAGCAAGUGACAGGAAAGACCCCUACCUAAGACUCUGGAGAGCUGCUGCCAUUAAAAAUAAUACUGUAUCAGAUAGGCCAUCUGACUUUAAAGCAACUCCAUGUGUUCAUAAAGAGUAAAGCUGUGUGUGCACAGACCUGUCUUGAUUUUUGCUUCAUGGUGUCUUUAAACAUUCAGCCUCAAUACUUGUCAAUAUACAAUUUUAAAGUUGAUUAAAUGAACUUACAUAUACAAAUAAUACAGUGGCUUAGAGGCUUCCUCUCCCUGCGGAACAGGUGCCAACUCUGUGUUUUACUGUUAGGAUGACAAGUCCAGAGGUUAGAAACUGAAAUAUAAGUAGGUGUCUAUGGUAUUUGAGUGCCAUAAAAAUUAUACUCUGUUGCUGGGAAAUUCCUAGGCCUUGACAAAUGUAUCAGUUUCUGUUUUUCUCACCUUAAAAUAAUGUCACAAGUUUACAAUAUGACAAAGGCCCUUGGGGCUGAAGAAUGAGCUUUUCCUGCAUUAAGCUCAGUAAGAUCUGCUUCCUGCUCUCAGUUAUCUUUUGUGCAGUUCUCCUCUUGCUAAUCCCCAAAUUCCAGGCCAUUUGGAAACCUAGAAGUUAUCCACAGCCACAGCCACCACUUCCUUUUAAUGGUUCCAGCAACAGUGACAUCACUUUGCAGCUGGUGGAGUCCAGUUCAAUUGAUCAUUUGGAUGAUGAGGCGAACAAUAUAGUGUCCUUGGUGAAAGAAGAACUGUUAGAAGAAUGGAGUCACUAUAUCAUAACCACUGGGAGAUCUGGUCUGAAGGCUAACAGAAAGAUGAAUGAGAGCCCAAUUAAUCAAUUGGACAAUUUGAUGAAAGACCAUGAGGAACCUGCUUUAGCCUCUGCUAAGGAAAAGCUGGAGUUGAAGGAUAUCUUUAUUGCUGUGAAAACAACAAGGAAAUACCAUAGAACAAGGCUGAACUUGCUGUUCCAAACAUGGAUUUCUCAGGCUAAGGGGCAGACAUUUAUAUUCACAGACUGGGAUGAUCAGGAGCUACGUCUCAGGGCAGGGGACCAUGCAAUCAAUACCAACUGCUCAGCUGUUCACACUCGCCAAGCUCUCUGCUGCAAGAUGUCCGUGGAAUAUGAUAAAUUCCUAGAGUCUGGGCGAAAGUGGUUUUGUCAUGUGGAUGAUGAUAACUAUGUGAACCUGCACAAUCUCCUGCAUCUCCUGUCUGCUUUUUCACACAGCCAAGAUAUAUAUGUGGGGAGACCAAGUCUAGACCAUCCAAUUGAAGCAGCAGACCAUGUUCGGAAUGAUGGAUCAACCACUGCAAAGUUCUGGUUUGCCACAGGUGGUGCAGGGUUCUGCAUCAGCAGAGGUCUUGCCCUCAAGAUGAGCCCCUGGGCUAGCCUAGGAAGCUUCAUCAGCACUGCAGAGAGAAUUCGACUCCCCGAUGACUGCACCAUUGGUUACAUUAUUGAGGGGCUGUUGGAGGUGAAACUCUUGCGCAGCCCCUUGUUCCACUCUCAUCUGGAAAACUUGCAGCAGCUGCGUGGCGAAGCUGUGCUGAAGCAGGUUACCUUGAGUUAUGGUGGUCCUGAAAACAGGCGCAAUGUUGUAAGCGUGGGUGAAGUGUUCAACAUACAGCAAGAUCCAACUCGAUUCAAAUCUGUCCACUGUCUCCUCUACCCUGACACUGGAUGGUGCCCCAGUCUAACAGUGAACUGAUAUCUGCCCUAACAUUCAGCAAGGACUCUUGCUGGUCCUUUUUUUUAAUGUGCAGCCAAAGCUGUCUUUGGGGAGAAAACGGAACACAAGGUCAAAGCAAGUGUCGAGGUGCCCUGGCCACUAUUGUAAAUGGUCUUUGGACAUAUCUUUAGUCUUGAAGCACAUCAUAAGCUAUAUCUGCAAUGCUCUUCUCACUCCUUUUCUGAUCACAUAUAUGUCAUGUUAGCCAAAACUGUUUCCUAUUGCAUUGCAUUUGUACAACCUCAGGAAUGUUACAGUCUGGCACUGUAGCAAUAUAGUUGAGGGCUAAUCUUCUUUCUACUAGAAUGCUUGGAGUAAAGCACAAAGCUUUGUUUUAAGACUUCACAUAGGAAAACAAGAGGGUUUUUUAAAUGGAAAAAUAGUGUAAUCAAGAAGUUGUAGCCUGUUGUUUAUUCUGCCUCAGUAUCUGUAUCCUUGUGGAACCACACUAGAAAUGCAAGUGACUGCUUGCCUACUAAUGAUUAUAAAGUAGACCAGUAUUUACAGAGUGCGUAUUCUCAGAAAUACCCUGGGAGGUGAUACAAUAGCCAUUUUCAAAUAUCUGAAGGGCUGUCACAUGGAAUAAGCUUUCCCUCCCUUUUUUUCUACUCCAGAGUGUAGUACCUGAACCAAUGGAUUCAAAUUCCAGAAAGGAGAUUCCAGUUAAACAUUGGGAAGAACUUUUCUGAUAGGGAGAACUGUUAUGACAGUGCAACAGACAACCUCAGAAAGUGGUGGACUAUCCUUAAUUGGAGGUUUUAAAGAGGUUGGGUGGCCUUUGUCAGGGAUUUUUUUAGUUGUGAUUCCUGCAUUGUAGGGGGUUGAAUUAGAUGCCCAUCGGGUCCCCUCCAACACUAUAAUUCUUUGAUUCUAUCCUGCUCCUGUGUUCCAUGCUAUAGCAGAGCCACUUGCCUUUAUGGCCAUUUGAAAGCUAUCUUAUACAUGUACUGUAUUUCACGUUUGCCUGGCUGAAAAACAUAUACAUACACAAGUCCCCCACUGUUACCUCCAAGUCCCACACCUAUUUGUCUUGAGCAUUCUGUGCCCUCACCACUAACUAAUAUAAUUGAAACCCCCAUUUAUCUUGGCUGGACCACUAUACGUUUAUUGCUUUUUGUAUUGUAGCUUGUCUCCUCUUCUUGAUGCAUUCCACAAUCAAUAUGCUGGAUAUAUGAGGAAAGAACAUUUGUUAACUCAUGAUGUAUGUGAUACUAUUUAAGGACUUUUUCGAUGAUGGACUGGAUUAGCUCUAUAAAGGACGUUUUAUAAUCCUGGAA